AUGGCCAUCUCAAACACGAAACCGAAGAUUUUGAUCCCAGAAAAGGUCUCUCCAGAUGGUCUGGCCUUACUCAAAGUCCAAUUUGAAGUGCACGAAAAGAAAGGGCUGAGUGCGGAUGAACUCAAGAGCAUCGUUGGCGACUAUGAGGCGCUCAUUGUUCGCUCGGAGACGCAGGUGACGGCCGAUCUGCUCCGUGCAGCGAAGAAACUGAAGGUUGUCGCGCGAGCUGGUGUCGGUGUUGACAAUGUCGACGUUCAAAGUGCAACUGCCCAUGGCAUCAUCGUUGUAAACUCACCAUCGGGUAACAUCAAUGCAGCGGCAGAGCAUACAAUCGCAUUACUGAUGGCUGUGGCUCGAAAUGUUGGGGAUGCCUCGCAAAGUAUAAAGGCUGGUAAAUGGGAGCGAAGUCGACUUACUGGGGUCGAAGCAAAAGGCAAGACACUGGCUAUCGUAGGAUUGGGCAAGGUCGGUCUCACGGUAGCUCGAAUUGCAAACGGUCUCGGCAUGCGACUUGUAGCCUACGACCCCUAUGCAAAUCCAAACUUGGCUGCAGCUGCAUCCGUGACUUUGAGGCCUACUCUGGCUGAACUCCUCGAAGAAGCAGAUUUUCUGACUCUGCAUACACCUCUCAUUGCCUCGACCAAGGGAAUGAUUGGGAAGGCAGAGCUAGCUUCGAUGAAACCUACGGCCAGAAUUCUGAACGUCGCAAGAGGUGGCAUGAUCGAUGAAGACGCGCUUGUGGAGGCAUUGGACGCUGGCACAAUCGCUGGAGCCGGUAUCGACGUCUUCACUUCAGAACCGCCGCAGCCAAACUCUUCUGCAAGCCGCCUGAUCGCGCAUGCUAAAGUCGUCGCAACACCCCAUCUCGGCGCCUCUACAAAGGAAGCCCAAGAAAAUGUGUCCAUUGACGUCUGCGAACAAGUGGUGUCAAUCCUGUCCGGCGAACUUCCCCGCUCUGCUGUCAACGCGCCCAUCAUUUUACCUGACGAAUACCGCACGCUCCAACCGUUCGUCAGUCUCGUCGAGAAGAUGGGAUCAUUGUAUACCCAACACUACUCCUCGGUCAACAUAAAAUCUUUCCGCACGACCUUCGACAUCACCUACGAAGGCAAAUUGGCCAGCCUCAACACCACAAAACCGCUCUUCGCCGCGCUCGUCAAGGGCCUGCUGACACCGAUAACUUCAAGCGACGGCCUGAACAUCAACAUCGUCAACGCAGAAAUUGUGGCGAAAGACCGUGGUAUCCUAAUCAACGAGCAACGUUCCCGCGAAAACGUGGAAGACAAGCCCUAUUCCUCCUUCAUCACGCUUCGCGCUCGCGCAACCCGCUCCGUCUCCCACGCCCGCAGCGAUAUCUCACGCUCAAACUCACCCACCGCGGCCCGCGGCCUGAAACCCCAGGAUUACGAAGACCAGGUCAUACAAGGCUUUGUGUCAGGCAACAAACCCUUCAUCUCGCGCCUCGAUAAAUUCAAGGGCGAGUUCGUGCCCCGUGGUACGCUGCUGAUCUGUCGUAACUUCGAUUCGUGUGGGAAGAUUGGGUUUGUGGGGAAUUUGCUGGGAAAGGCGGGGGUAAAUAUUGAGUUUAUGAAUGUUGCGCCACUGAAUGAGGAGGUUGAAGUGGGGCUGAAUGGAGACGGUGCGCAGAAGAGUAACGAGGCACUUAUGAUUCUCGGUGUUGAUCGGAUGGUGGGCGAGGAUGUUGUGAAGGGCUUGAUUGGGCCGGAGGGGGUGCUGGAAGCUAGUGUUGUUAACUUUUGA